AUGGCCCUCGCCUACCACGUUGUCGCCCUUCCGCCAGGCAUCGGGCCCGAUGCCCACGCCGCGGCAUCAUCCGCCGUUGCCGAAGCCAUUGACACCUCCUUUGACGCUAUCCACGCCGUCCUCGAUCCGUUCAACCCAGACUCAGAGAUCGUCGCCCUCAACGCCUUCCUCGCUGUCGAUGCCGAGAGCAUCGAUGGCGCCGACAACGCUGAUGGCACCAAUGGAGCUGCUACGGGCGAGAAGCAAGCACCGAGCCCAUCAUUCUCGCUCUCACCGCUGAUGCAGAGGGCGCUGGCGCUGGCGGGCGAGGCGCACGCUCUGACUCUCGGUGCGUACGACGCCACGGCCAAGCCACUGUACGAUGCCUGGCGCUCCGCGCUCGCUGCAGACUCGCUGCUCUCGCCAGCGAGGCAGAAAGAUGUCAUGAACGUCGUUGGUUGGCAUCUGGUCGAAGUCGACGACGGGAAGAUCGUGCGCGACCGCAUCCCGCCCGGCGUCCAGAUCGACUUGCUCGGCCUCGCCAAGGGUCUCGCCAUUGACCUCAUUGCAGAUGCUCUGCUCGACGUGGGUUUUGAGGCGUUUAUGGUCGAGUGGGGCGGCGAUAUGGUCGUUGCGGGCGGGCCGCCGGCUGCGCCUCCGUCGUCUGCGCUGGGCGGACGACGGGCCGGGCCGCAGACACACACCGGGGUAGGGUGGGGAUGGGACGUAGCGGUUGCGACACCACCACCUGUUUCUACGCUGUUUGCAGCAUGGACUGCCGGAGAGCCGCUGGCAGAUCUCGCUGGCUCAGCUGGUACGCUCGCCACGCUCAAGAUCACGCCGCCACCAGGCGUCCGCUACGUCUCAGUUGUUACGUCGGGCGACUACACCGAGCUGUUCAAGUUUGGGCACACCCACUUUGUGGACCCGCACUCGGGCGCGCUGCUUAAGCUUGGGGCUGGCAUGCCCGCGUCGGUCACGAUUGUGACCUCGGCAGCCUGCGCACUUGCCGAUGCGCUCGCCACUGCUGCCGUCGUCAUCGGCGCCCGAUCCGGGCCCGACGGCAUCGCGGCCUGGCUGGACCUGCUUCCGUCGCGGCUCGAGUCGCCAGGUCACCUCGCCUACGGUCUGUGGUGGCGGCCGGGGCCCGACUGUGACACGACCUGGCUCUCGACCCUCGAAUCGUCGCUGCUGUGUGCUCGCAGAGGCAGUGACGGCAGCGCUGCCAUGCCUGCACCAAUCCGCCGGCUCCUUCGCUGCCUGCCUCGUGGUAUGUGGGAGCUGCGACUUGGCCCUGAGCUGGAAGCGUUGACGGCGACGUCUGUCAUCACCUUGCCAACUGCUAUCACCUUUGCUCUCGAAGCCUCCGCCGCCACGUCCCUGCCGCUGGGCACUGAGCUUAGCCAGGCGCACGCGGCGGAGCUUGCCCUCCCGGCCGGCGUGGCGAGCAUCCUCUUCACCGGCACCUUUUCUGCUGUGCGAUGCGUGGCUGGACGCAAGGAGGCACCGACGGGAGUUACGCCGCUAGUGGCUACGGGCUUGUCUGUUUAUGCUGUCGGCGACCACGUGCUCGUUGUCGGUUUCAUUGAUGGUGCCGUCCCGGGCGAUGUUGCCGGUGGCCUGCCUACGCUCUAUGCCAACCGCGAGGUUACUCUUGCCUCACAUCCGGUCGUCAAAGCGUUUGGAAAGAACGCUCCGAUCGCGGUGCUGGAUCCCGGGCCGGAUGAUCCCAGCCUCUUGCUCGACGCGCUGUGCGCCUUCCCAGCAGCGUUGAUGGUGCGCAAGACGAUGGUGGACAAGCGAAUCGACUAUGACUGGUUUGCCGUCCGCUUUGUCGAGCUCUCACUGGAGCCUGCCCUUGUUGCGGUGACUCUGCCUGGGGCGGUGCCGGCUGGCGCUGCGCUCACGCUCAAUCUUCUUUCCAUGCGGCAGAAGCAGCUGCUUGGGACGCUGCGGCCGAGCGAAGAGCACCAGUAUGAGGCCAAGGCAUCGGCUGCCUUUCGUCGCCUUCAGACGGCGACCUUCCGCGAAGCUGAUGUUGAGUACGCCGCAAUCCGGUCGUCGACUGCAGUCGUCCUUUGCACAGCGACCGAGACAGCCAUCAGGGUUUCGUCUGGCACCUCCCUUGUCGUCUGCCGCGUCCACGGCCUCUUGGAGCGCUCCCCGUGGCGUCCGGCCGCUGCCGCCGUCUUUGCCAAUGGCAUUGUCGCCUCCGUGGCCUCGACCCAAGCUGCACCGUCCGCCCCGACCACGCCACAACCGCAACCAUCAUCGGCAUCGAUCGAUCCACCGCCCGAAGUUGCCGACCUCCUCGCCGCGUUCUCAUAA